AUGAGCGAGAGAGCCCCCGAAGAACUCCAUCUUCCAAUUCAAGACGCCUCACAGCCACAAGCUACUAGCCACGAAUCGCCGGAAUCUUCACACCCAAAGACCAGUCAAUCCUCGGCGGGGAGAUCAGAACAGACAAGGCCCCAGGAACAACCGAAUGACCCCCUGGAGAAUAUAGAAAGCCUUGAAACCGAAGGAAACAAUCCCCCAAACCGUCAGACCCUUGUCACACGCCCACUUUCCAAGAAGAAAAUUCGCUCUCUGCUUCAUAAUAAUGGCAUUGCUCCCAACCUUGGCGAACGCGUAUCUCGCUGGAUGAACUCCGAAAUAGAAUACCGGGGGACAGAUAGAUUUGUGGAUGACAGUUCCCUACGUUUGGCUCUUCUACAACGUGGUAACUGUCUCUAUUCCAGAAAUCUGGGCUUUCAGCAAUGGAAGGAAGGGUAUUCAGAGAUCUACAAAGCGAAACACUACAAACGGGAGGUAGAAACUAAAUCUUUCAUUCCAGCAUUGAAGGAUGAAGGACUAGCAUUACUCGCAAAAAUCCAGAACGAUUGCCUCGGAAGCUUUCCAGAAGAAUGGCAAGCUAUGGACGUCAAAGCCAAAGCACAUGCUUGGCAACGCCUAGCAUUUUGGCUUUUGCAGAAUGACCCCAAGGCGCUUUUGGAGUUUCUCAUUGUUACAACAGAGGGCCAAGCGAAGCCAAACUUUAGCAUGGUUGCUGAUUGUUUAUUGUAUUUGGAUAAUUUCUACUAUGCAGAUUGGUUGAAAGAUUGGCAGAGUGGUACCUGCACUUACCAGUCCGUGAUCGAAUCAUGCCUACACCCAACACAGUGGCCUAUACUUUCAUUGCCUCAAAAAGGUGCUCGACUCUACAUUCGACGGGCAAGUCACAACGCUGUUUCUUUUGCCUUGAAAACUGCCAAGCAAAGAUCUACAUUCAUUAGAGCUGAAACAGCACUGUGCUUUAUGUGGCGAUUUACCGAGUUCGAGGACGUCCACCGAGCUCUGGAGGCUCUUGUUAUUGUUUCAAAGCUAAAGGAAGAUGGGUUCUCUAUGGAUUCCCAGGGUGUUCAUCGGCAUUGCUGCAAACUUUUGACCCUGGACACCGUGGAAGAAGAUACGGGCGAGCGCAAUUUCAAGAUUCUUCCUCAGCUUUUGGAGAUGGGCGUCACACCGGAUCGAGACAUGCUCAACAUUGUGCUUGCAAAUGCUUUCGCAACCAAUGGGGAGCUGGGAUCUGAUAUCCUUCAAUUUAUGCAGGACCAUGGCCAUGAUCUCGACAGUUACAGCUAUUUGACCUUGCUCAAAGAUGCAGUCUCCCGUGGAGAUCGGGGCAAAGUCGACUCUAUUAUUCGCCAGGUCGAGACGCAGGAAGAGCUGCGCAAUAACCCAUGGAUCGCCAGCAAAAUCUUCCAUUCUCAUUACCUCUUCACCGUUAAGCACAUGGAUUCGGAUACUGAUCCGUCAGACGUUUUCUACUCAAUGCUUGACAUGUACAACCAUAUUUACGACAUCACACCCCUCAAAGAACUCUCCAUCAUUCCUCCUCGCUAUAUUCCUCGAAGUGAAGGUGCUGAUGCUCCUCCCUCUCCAAUUCCUCUAUACAUUAUGCUAGCGACCUAUUUCCGCUGCCAGAAUCGUCUCGCAAACGUGCACCGCAUCUACACCCAAUUCCGUGCGCUCGUCGCUCAGGGGCAUCCCUCUAUUGCCCCUAUGGUUGAGACCGAUCAUACCUACAAUGAAUUCCUGAUUGCCUUCCGCAAUAACCCGCGUGGUUUGCGAUCGUGUGUACAGCUUGUUGAGGAUAUGCUGCGUCCAGAAUACCAGCAAAUUGAUCAAAACGGCAAGGCCAUUGUCCCUGUGAAGCCCACAGUGCGCACCUGGACCCUCCUCCUCGCAUCCUUCAUCUUCCACAGAAAACUCGACGCAUCUGAGAAGAUCCGGGAGAUGAUGGACAAGCACGAUGUUCAAUACAACGACGUGACAUGGAACACCAUUAUCAAUGGCUAUGCCAAUGCACAGAAUAUCACUGAGACAGCUGCUUCGAUUAAGGCGAUGGAAGCGCAAGGGUUCCCCAUUGACGCUCACACCAUGAAAAGCUUGCGAUAUCUUCGUGACCCGGAACGACUUUGGGUCGCUAUUGAUGAAUUAGACCGCAAAGCUACUGAGUCGAGCCUGGCGCUUGACACCCCUGAGCCCGAGCUAACGGGUAGCAAGGAAGAGACUCAUGAUCAGUUAGUUGACAGCGGAUUGGAAAAGCUAGGCUCCAAGUCGAAGCCUGACCUGUGA